GUAGUCGUUUCGUUCAGUGAAAAGUGUUAAUGCAGAUGAAGAUAUUUUAUGCAACAUAAAAUUUUGGCAGAAAGUCUGGUAAUAAAAUCGGUUAUCUCGACAAUCUAGGGAUAGUUGGGUUGAUACAUCUUUCGCAAAAUGAAGCGAAAAUUUCACUACCCCAACGUGACGAACGUCGCUCAGAUUCUCCUGGAUCGCAACUACAGUGACAUUGAGCACAUUGUUAAGAAUCGUCUCAAAACGGCACCACAAUUUAUCGACAAGAUCGAGCUGGAAGCAGAACUCAAAGGACACAAUGGCUGCGUCAAUUGUCUGGAAUGGAGCGAUAAUGGACGCAUGUUGGCCUCAGCAUCGGACGACUUCCACGUUAUGCUGUGGGAUCCGUUUAACCACAAACAGCUGCUGGAUCUAGCAACGAUUCAUGAGGGGAAUAUUUUUUCUGUUAAAUUCCUCCACAAACAGAAUAAUUCACUCAUCGCGACUGGAUCCGCAGAUUUCAGAACUUUUGUGUACGAUGUAAAUAGACCUUUCCCAAUCAGGACUUGUACUUGUCACGGUGCCCGAGUUAAACGGCUUGCAACGUCUUCCAAGAAUGAACACCUAUUUUGGUCAGCAGCCGAAGAUGGGUUGGUUUUGCAGCAUGAUAUACGAACCCCACCUCAGUGCCGAGGUGAUGAUGCCAAUGUGCUGAUAAAUCUGCGUAAUCACAUUACCGAAAUGCCGGAAGUCAAGUGUAUAGCGAUCAAUCCGCUUCGUCCGGAAAUGGUGGCGAUCGGGGCCAACGAUUGCUUCGCCCGGAUCUACGAUCGACGAAUGUUGACGCUUAUGAAGCGUAACAACAUGAUCGAUUUGAAGCCGAACUCCAGCGAUGCGGACAAUAUACCCCGGGAUGGUUGUGUUCAGUACUUUUGUCCCGGUCAUUUGAGUAAAAACAAAGACAUCCAAUUCUCAAUCUUCAAGCAAAAAGCCAUCACGUACCUCACCUUUAGCCCAGACGGUACUGAACUGUUGGUCAACAUGGGCGCUGAACAGAUCUACCUGUACGAUCUGAACCGACCAAAGCAGCCGAAGUUUUUGGAGUUACCUAAGUUUACGGAACCGAUGAACGGUACUAAUGGCACUACCACGAAUGGUGUCAAGAAUGGAGAGAAAAUCAAACACAAGCUACCGCCGGAGGUUGAACUGCUUAAAAAGGAAGGUAACACCAAUCUGGAGAAAGAGAAAUAUCUUCAGGCGAUCCAGCAGUACACCAUGGCUAUUCGAAAGGCUCAAGAAAAAGACUGCUCAAUCCUGUACCUGAACCGCGCGACAGCCUUAAUGAAACGAAAUUGGUACGGCGACGUCUACGCAGCAGUUCGGGAUUGUCACCGAGCACUGCACCUUGAUCCGCACUACGUUAAGGCGCACUUCCGAUUAGCCAGGGCUCUGCUGAAACUCGGUCAGGUACAGGAAGCAUCCAAAUGUUUGGCGGAGCUGAUUGAACGAUUUCCAUCUUACGCCAAGAAUCACGGUGUUCUGAUGCUUGAUAAAGAUAUCGAAGCGGAAAUUGACCGGCAGCGGCAACGGGAUCGCGUUAGACCUGCGGAUUCCGUAUCUGAGCAAUACUCCGUCAAUGAACUGGCUUGGCAAUCAGCAGCUUUGGACUAUGAGGAUCGCUUCGUUGGUCACUGUAACACUAAAACCGAUAUUAAGGAAGCCAACUAUUUCGGGGAUUCCAACUACAUCGUCGCAGGAUCCGACGAUGGAAACUUCUUCAUCUGGGAACGGGACAGCGGGAUGAUUGCGUCGAUCUACCAGGCCGACGAGCUGAUCGUGAACUGCGUCCAGCCUCAUCCGUACAUUUGCAUGCUGGCCACCAGUGGAAUCGAUUACGAGGUACGACUCUGGUCCCCGCAGUCGGACGAAACGAUCCCGGUGAAGCACCGAGUCGAUGUGGUGGACAAUACGGUGAGCGAAAAUCAAAAUCGUAUGCAGUCGGAUCCGUUCGAUUCGCUCGCUCCGGACCAGGCGAUGUGCAGGGCCAGUUAGCUUGCGGAAUGGUUGAUUUCCUGUUUACUCUGUUUAGCGCUUGAUAAAGCAAGUAAAUUACUACCUAGCUUACUGGUACGGUGGAGCCUAACAUUUUACGAACCCCAGUCCGGCUGCAAUACGACCACAAAUGACACGCUGCUUUCUCAUAUUUUGAACUAAGGAAACGUCACGGAUAUAGACUUUGAAUAGUUGUAGUCUUAGUAGUGUACCGGAGAGAAUUUAGGUCUGUAAUGCUUCUUACAACUCUGAUGUUGUUUGUUGAACCGGUAAUUCUGUACCCAGUUGUCAGAGUAAAUUCGAAAAUUUUACCUAAUUACUUUAAGCUGAUUUGCGUCGUUUUUGUUCAGUCAAAAAUGAUCGCUUAUUUUACUGAAUUUAUGUGAUUUUCCUAAAGAAUAGCCACUAGUGGCGGAUACAUCUGUGUGUUAACAGAAAAUAAAUUAUAAAUGUGAUUGGAAUAUUUUAGUUGACAAAAACUUAUGCUAAUAAUCUACUGUUAAUUUUAUUUUUUUGAAAUUUAUAAUUUACAUCCCAUUUUUAUAUCGAGAAUGAAUCAAAGGUAAAAUAUAUUAUUAUUAUUAUUGAAA